AUGACGUGGUUUAGAGCUGGGUCUAAUUUGUCAAAGCUUGCCGUUAGACGAGCUUUAUCACAAAGUAGAUCUUAUGUCGGGCCUUCUACACAAAAUAGAUACUUUCACACGACUGUUUUCCGGUCAAAGGCUCAAUCGGCACCCGUUCCACGUCCUGUCCCACUCUCCCGGCUGACUGAUAGCUUUUUAGAUGGCACAAGCAGUGUUUAUCUCGAGGAGCUACAGAGAGCCUGGGAGCAAGAUCCCAAUAGUGUGGAUGAAUCAUGGGACAAUUUUUUCAGAAACUUUGUUGGCCAGGCCACCACUUCUCCUGGAAUCUCUGGUCAAACGAUUCAAGAGAGCAUGCGCCUUUUGUUGCUCGUGAGAGCUUACCAGGUUUAUGGUCACAUGAAGGCCACAUUAGAUCCUCUAGGUUUGGAGAAGAGAUCUGUUCCUGAUGAUUUGGAUCCAGCACUUCAUGGGUUUUCGGAAGCUGAUCUUGACAGAGAGUUCUUUGUCGGUGUUUGGAGAAUGGCUGGGUUCUUGUCUGAGAAUCGUCCCGUUCAAACCUUGCGUGCGAUAUUGACGAGGCUUGAACAAGCUUACUGUGGAAAUAUCGGGUAUGAGUACAUGCAUAUUGCCGAUCACGAAAAGUGUAACUGGUUAAGAGACAAAAUCGAGACUCCUACUCCGACUCAGUACAGUCGAGAGAGGCGUGAGGUGAUCCUUGACCGGCUUAUUUGGAGCACCCAAUUUGAGAACUUCUUGGCAGCCAAGUGGACUGCAGCCAAAAGGUUUGGGCUUGAAGGUUGUGAGACUUUGAUUCCUGGUAUGAAGGAGAUGUUUGACAGAGCAGCAGAUCUUGGGGUUGAGAGCAUAGUCAUUGGGAUGUCGCACAGAGGUAGGCUGAAUGUUCUUGGUAAUGUUGUCCGAAAACCUUUGAGGCAGAUAUUUAGCGAGUUUAGUGGUGGCACAAAACCUGUGGAUGAGGUUGGGCUUUACACGGGAACUGGUGAUGUUAAGUAUCAUCUGGGAACUUCUUACGAUCGGCCAACGAGGGGUGGUAAGAGAAUUCACUUGUCGUUAGUUGCAAAUCCCAGCCACUUGGAAGCAGUGGACCCAGUUGUGGUUGGGAAGACUAGAGCUAAGCAAUAUUAUUCUAAUGACACCAAAAGGACGAAAAACAUGGGUAUUUUGAUUCAUGGUGAUGGUAGUUUUGCCGGUCAAGGUGUUGUUUACGAGACCUUGCAUCUCAGUGCUCUCCCGAAUUACACUACUGGUGGGACCAUUCACAUCGUUGUGAACAAUCAAGUGGCUUUCACUACUGACCCGAAAUCGGGAAGAUCUUCCCAGUAUUGUACUGACGUUGCGAAAGCUCUGAGUGCUCCUAUUUUUCAUGUCAAUGGUGAUGAUGUAGAGGCUGUUGUUCAUGCCUGUGAACUUGCUGCUGAAUGGCGUCAAACGUUCCAUACUGAUGUUGUGGUCGAUAUUGUUAUAAGGAAUCAUCCUUCAGCACUUGAGAUCUACCAGAAGAAACUUCUAGAAUCUGGUCACGUCACAAAAGAAGACAUUGAUCAGGUAAACAACAAAGUGACGUCAAUUCUCAAUGAAGAGUUCCUGGCCAGCAAAGACUAUGUACCUCAAAGAAGGGACUGGCUUUCAGCUUAUUGGGCUGGAUUCAAAUCUCCUGAACAGCUUUCACGUAUCCGUAACACUGGGGUCAAUCCAGAAAUAUUAAAGAAUGUUGGCAGGGCUAUUACUAGGCUUCCAGAAAAUUUCAAACCUCAUAGAGCUGUUAAGAGGAUUUUUGAAGACCGUGCAAAAAUGAUUGAGACAGGGGAGGGUAUUGACUGGGCAGUUGGUGAAGCUCUCGCUUUUGCAACUUUGGUUGUGGAGGGAAAUCAUGUCAGGCUGAGUGGGCAGGAUGUUGAGCGAGGUACUUUCAGCCAUAGGCAUUCUGUUAUUCAUGAUCAGGAAACAGGAGAAAGAUACUGCCCCCUGGAUCAUGUUACCAUGAACCAAAAUGAGGAGAUGUUUACUGUGAGCAACAGCUCGUUGUCAGAGUUUGGAGUUUUGGGAUUUGAAAUAGGUUAUUCCAUGGAAAAUCCCAAUUCUCUGGUGCUGUGGGAAGCCCAGUUUGGUGAUUUCGCCAAUGGUGCUCAAGUGAUAUUUGACCAAUUCCUGAGCAGUGGGGAGGCCAAAUGGCUGCGUCAAACUGGCUUAGUUGUCCUCCUGCCUCACGGGUAUGAUGGGCAAGGCCCAGAGCACUCGAGUGCGCGCUUGGAGCGCUAUCUUCAGAUGAGCGAUGAUAACCCGUAUGUUAUCCCUGAGAUGGACCCAACACUGAGGAAACAGAUUCAAGAAUGCAAUUGGCAGGUCGUUAACGUGACUACACCAGCGAAUUAUUUCCAUGUUUUGCGGCGCCAGAUACAUAGGGAAUUCCGUAAACCUCUCAUUGUGAUGUCGCCAAAGAACUUACUCCGUCACAAGGACUGCAAAUCUAAUUUGUCCGAGUUCGAUGAUGUUGAAGGCCAUGCAGGUUUUGAUAAACAAGGAACCAGGUUUAAACGCUUGAUUAAAGACCAAAAUUAUCACUCAGAUCGCGAAGAGGGUAUUAGACGCUUGAUUCUUUGCUCUGGGAAGAUUUAUUACGAGCUUGACGAGGAGAGGAAAAAGACAAAUGGAAAGGACCUUGCAAUUUGUAGGGUGGAACAGCUUUGUCCCUUCCCAUAUGACCUCGUCCAACGUGAACUCAAGAGAUAUCCAAAUGCGGAGGUUGUGUGGUGCCAGGAAGAGCCAAUGAACAUGGGUGCAUACAGCUACAUUUUGCCUCGACUUGCUACUGCCAUGAAAGCUUUGGGCAGAGGUACUGUGGAUGAAGUCAAGUAUGUGGGCCGUGGGCCUUCUGCAGCUACUGCGACUGGAUUCUACCAAGUUCACGUCAAAGAGCAAAAUGAAAUUGUCCAGAAAGCUGUGCAGCCCGAACCAAUUAAUGCCUGAAUUUGAAGUUUUUGUUAGUUGGAAAUAAGCUUUUUGUUGUUCUUUCCAAUGAUACUUGCACAGUUGAUUGGUACCCGUAAGGCGGGGGCAAUUUAUUCUUUUUUUUUUUUUUUUUUCUUUAAAAAAAAAAAUUGAGGAUAAUAAAUUAUGUAUCUGCUUGUAAGGAUGCAAGACCAGUUAAUAGAUGCGAACUCUCCAUGUUGGAUGGCUGCUGCUGAGAUAUUCCAGGUUUUUUGAUUGUUGAUUUGAUGUGUUAUUUAUUUUUUCCGAGCAGUAGAGUGAUUGGAUGUGUUAUUUUUUUCCGCUUUGAACAAUUAUGGGUUGAUUUUUUUAUGUGUGUG